AAGAAAGAGAACAUGUCAUAAAAAGCCAAUUACCUCUGUUCUGUUAUGUUUUGAAAAUGUCGUUCAUUCAACGCUGAAUUUGGGUAUUGGAUCGGAACCCUGACAAUUCUAGAUGAUUCAACUUUUAGGUGUUGUUUCUGCUUUGAGUGUAAAUUAAAAGUUUUCACAUAUUAUUCAUAGGAAUGAAUGCUUGUGUUGAGGGAAAUAAACGCCAGUUACCACCAUGGAUGAUGCAGAAGGUUGGUGCCUCUGCCACUGCCACCCAUGUGAGUGACUCUGUUGAAACUAAUUCCUCUACCAAAAAAGGAGACAUCAUUAAAGCUAAUGCAACCAAGAAAGAUACUCACAAGAGUGAACCUUCAAACUUAAGAGCCAAGUGUGAAGUUAAGGGAAGAAAAAAAUUAGACCAACAAGAAGGAAAGGUUACUCAAAAGAAGAGAAAAGGUGAUAAGUCUAAGGAUAGAGAUAAGAGAUCUUCUAUAAAGAAAAGAAAAAAAUUAGAGGAUCCUAGCCACGGUUGUUAUGAUGUUAAUCCAGUUAGGGAUGAUGCCAUGGACCUGACAGUUGAAGAUUUGAUGGCCAUAGCAGAACAGUAUGUUAAAGAUUAUGAGAACAAGGAUCGAAAAGAAAGAUCAAGUAGACAGCGUGAAUCAAAAUGGCAAUUUCAAGAUACAAAUGAAACGGGAACUACUCUUGAUUCCUCUUGUGAGAACAGAAUUUCAUCCGGGUCUGGAAGGGAAGAUUUAUCUAAUUCUACUUCAACAACUGGUGAAUUAAUUGCUACAAGCACCUCUCAAACAGGUGAUCCUGCUCAAGACAUGCUGGACCUGUUCUUGGGUCCCUUGCUGAGGAAAACUCUUGAGAAGGAGAAGAUCAAAUCUGUUGUGGAAAAUGCCAAGAUUACCCAUGAGUUCUCUAGGCAAAGUCAAGAUAAACUUGCUGGAGAAGAAAUGGUCCCCUUGAUGAAAAAAAGAAACACCUUGAAAGACAAGGUGGCAAUGUUUCUUGACCAAGAUAUGUAGAUUCAUCAAUACAAGCAUGGGUGUCAUGGUAAAGCAAUGAGCUAGAGUUCUUGCAUGACCUAUAGUAGUAGUUUCACAUGUAAAUCAUUUAAUAAUUGCAGUCUCAUCCUAGUUGGGCAAAGUCCUAUGUGAUAAUGUUAGUGUAUAUAGUUAUAGAUUUAAUUCUUAUACAAUUUAAUUGAGUUUCAAUCACCCAUUGCCAA